GGAUCAGCUGCAUGUUCUUUGGAGGCAGUUCAAGACAGUCGAUGACAGGACCUUGUACUAUAACCCCCAAAGUGGCGAGAUCACUGACCAAAUGCAGGAAAUGCCAGAGGACUUUCCUGGUGGAAUCCUGGCUGAUGAAAUGGGGCUUGGAAAGACAGUGGAAGUCCUGGCCUUGAUCCUUGCUCAUCCAAGGUGGGCCAAAGACUUCUCCAGAGGAACUUCUACCUCAUCCGGUUUACAUGAUAACCCUGAUGGCAAUCACAUUUUGAGGGAACAUUCCAAUAAUGACAACACUUCAUCCUCCAUGCAGGACAACUUACCAGAGUGUGCAAGAAGUGUUGAAGAUAUUCCUCAAGACAAUAACCUCUCAGAAGAACAUUCCAUAAACAACAAUGCUACUUCUUCUCUGCAGGACAAAUCACCAGAGACUGCAGGAAGUGUAGAAGAUGUUCCUUCUGCAGAGGAAGGAUCAUCGGAUAGUAGAACUGAAGUAUUAUUGACUUCAUCUUUGACUGAAGCCAUUCCUGACGUACCAAGUGUGUCAUCCUCCAUGCAGGACAAUGUACCAGAGAGUGCAAGUACUGAUCAUCCAGCAGUGGAAGGUUCGUCGGGUCAUAGAACUGCAGGAACAUUGAUUUCAUCAGGGAGUAUAGCCAAUCCUAAAGUACAAGAGGAUGUAGCUUUAGCGGUACCAAAUGAACAGGAUACCAAUGGAACAGAUGGAGAUACCCUUCAAGGAAGAGCCGUGUCAGUUGAUGACGUAUCAUCAUCAUUUCCAAUAAAUGGGAUGGAUGUGAGGCAUACUGCUGCAAAGGAAGCAACAGAAACCACCCCAAGUCAGGAAUCGUCUGAACUCGUAGAGUCAAAUCCCAACAAAGGAGAACAUUCACAGAAUGUUGAGAACAGUGAAAGCCAGAGGCAAUGUGAAACCAUGCCAUCAGUUAUCAUCGAUGGAGUGGAAACAAGAAUCCUUGCUUUAAAAGUAGAAUCAGAAUUUGAGUCAGACGUUGAUCUCUGUAACUCUAUGAUCAAUCAACAACCACAAGAGAAUAACCCAUUCUCAGAACCCAAUGUGCAAUAUGCUAGCCAAGUUGUAAGUCAUGGCAAUAGUACUACUCAAAAUGCAAUAGGAGUGGAUUCCUCCAUGCGUUUACCAGCUGAAGAAGGAAUGUCUUUGACAGUGAUCAAAGAAGAACCGGACAAUUCAAGUUCAGUUGAGAUGCAUGAACAACUUGAAUCACCAAUGGAAGAUGUGAAAGAGGAAAUAUCAGAAAGUGAGAACCCUAAAGUCUUUGAGUGUAUAUGUGGUCGGUACGAGCAGAACAUCCGUUUACCAGCGUGCGUGCAGUGCCUGCGAUGUCAUUCCUGGCUCCAUGCUGCAUGCAUUGGCUUUGAUAUUCACAUGCGGGAUAAACCCAGUCACGACCUGCAAUUCUGGUGUCCGAACUGCUUCCCCAAGGUGCCACCACUUGAAUCUGGUGCGACACUGAUCAUUUCACCAGCCUCCAUAUCUUAUCAGUGGGUUGAUGAGAUUAAUAGGCACAUCGACUCAUCCACCCUCAAAAUUAUGAUGUACGAGGGUGUAAAGAAAGAAGGCUACAUCCAACCACAAACCCUUGCAGAUUGUGACAUUGUCAUUACGACCUACAGCACACUCCGGACAGAGCUGGACUAUGCUAAUCUGUCUCAACCAGGUGCCGAGGGGCGUAGCCUUCGCAAAGCUAAGCGGUACCAGACCACGCCCAGUCCUUUACCCUGUGUAGAGUGGUGGAGGAUUUGCCUGGACGAGGCGCAGAUGAUUGAGUACACGACGGCUAAGUCAGCUGAGAUGGCUAAUAGGCUAUCCGCAAGGAACAGAUGGUGUGUGACUGGAACGCCUAUACAGAAGAGUCUUGAUGAUCUGUAUGGCCUAUUCUUGUUUCUUGGGGUUGAACCUUACUGGGUGAAGCACUGGUGGGAUGUACUUCUAAGUGUCCCUUACAGUAAUGGCCACAGGGAACCACUACAGAAGGCACUCUGCAAGAUCUUCUGGCGCUCUGCCAAGAAGGAUGUCCUUGAUCAGAUUGCACUUCCACCCCAGAGGGAGGAGAUACACUGGUUGGAUUUCUCACCUGUUGAGAAGUACUUCUACAAGACAAAACAUGAAGAGUGCUCUGUCCACUUCACAUUUAAUUCUGACAAGGCCAGCAUCGGUCCUGAAACCAAGCUCUCGACCCUUGAUAGAAGAUCACUUCAGAGUCUACUGGGACCUCUCCUGAGGGUUCGCCAGGCCUGCUGCCACCCUCGCAUCGUCAGGGGUGAGUUCACUGCCCUGCAGAAGAAGAAGCAGCUUAGCAUGCAGGAUCUGUUGAAGACCAUGAUAACUAAGGCUGAGAUAGACAGUGACGGGGCCCAUCGUCAGCUGGUCUGUGCCAUGAAUGCCUUGGCUGCGGUACACUGCAUCAAGGAGGAGCUACCUGAAGCUGCUUCCCUGUACCGUGAAGUUCUGAAGUCGGCUGAAGAGCACAAAGACAAGAUCAAGACGGACAAGCUCCAGAUACUGCACGCAACCUACAACCUUGACAAGAUACUCAAGGAUAGACCAGAGGUUGUCCAACCCAGCCCAGCUGAUGGCAAUCUUGCUAGAAGGAUGGUGUCCCUGAGGAAUCAGUACUUGCAGAAAACGGCUCAUCUUGUAAGUGGUAGCUUACAGACCGUUCAACCAAUCAGAGACAAGGUUGUAGAGCAACAAGAGAAGCUCCCGGGAGGCCCAGCAUGGUACCUGGAUGGCAUUCAAUGGGCCAUCUAUCAGGGAAUAGGAGCAGAACUGGUCAAAAGAAUCAAGACUGAACUAGAGGCAAAGAGUGAAGUUAUGGGAUUAGCUAACAGAUUCCGGGAUGCAAGGGGACUUCAGUUCAUCCUGACCAAUGAGCUUGAGGAGCUAGCUCAACUCUAUGAAUCGGCUUGGGACGGAGUAGAUAGUCUACAAGACAGACUCCAGGACAAGGCUCUUCUAGCUGAAGCAACAGACUGCCAUCUUAGACCCUUCAAAGGGAAAGCAAAGAACACGUGUCCAUUUUGCAAGGUUCAGGAUCAUCUGCAAAGAUACGAGAUGAAACUCUUUUCAUUUGAUGUCAGAAAUCUGGAGGCAGUUGGAUUGGCUGGUCCAUCCAACGCUGACCCCAACCAAGACGACUUCAACAUGAUGGCCGGUGGACCCCGUGGUAACUGGGCUAUCAGUGAACACGAGAGGGCGCUUCGUAUCCUGCACAGCUUCCUGAAGAGCUGCAGUGCCGAUGACUUGACGCUGGACGAAGGGACCAUCUUUUUGGACAUGCUUGAACAGCAAAGGAAAGAAUUCAAGCCACUGAGAGCAUACUGGGGUGCCAUGCGUGAUCGAGUGGCAGCCAUGGAUGAAUUGGAGAUGGCAAUGUUGAGGUUAAGGGUCAAACUACAAGGAGAAGAAACGGAUCCGGCCUCCCAGCCUUAUAUCAUUGAACCAUUGGAGGUGGAACAGCAGAGGUAUAGGUUCCUGAAUGACCGUAUAGUUGCCAGGAAUGACCUCAAGAGGAAGCUAGGUCAGUUGCUCUACCUACAGAAUCUGGACAAAGCUCAAUACAACCUCAAGGAUGGUCAUAACCCCGAGGUCUGCCCUAUCUGUGUCAGACCUCUUGGUGGACAGUGGACGGUCCUUCAGUGUGGGCACUGCUUCUGCACCGAGUGCAUGGAGACCAUGCUGAUGCGUGUCCACAUCGCCGGCCGUCAGGGUUCGGUCAAGUGCGCCGUCUGUCGCUUGCCUACAGAGGGCACGGACGUCUCCUACGUCAGCGUGACGCUGCAGCCGGGUUCCUCGGAGGCGGCGGAAGAGAGAGUUGUGGAGGAGAGUAUCAAGGUCGAGGGGGAUCACUCGACGAAGAUCGAAGCGGUGGUGAGGACUCUGAAGAAGAUUCAGAUGACGGAGCCUGGAGCCAAGGCAAUUGUGUUCUCCACUUGGACCGAGGUCCUAGAACUCAUCUCAAAAGCUCUGACUCAGAAUUGGAUCAACUUUAAAAAUGCAGCGAAGAAUGGAGGCCAAAAAUAUUUUCAUGCUGCAUUGACAGACUUCAAGCAUGAUCCAGACAUCACUGUCCUCCUUCUACCGGUCCAUAGCGGUAGUAAAGGCCUUAAUCUCAUUGAGGCAACCCAUGUUCUUCUGGUUGAACCCAUUCUCAAUCCAGCUAGCGAACUGCAAGCCAUUGGUAGGGUGCAUCGUAUUGGACAAACAAAGCCAACGGUUGUGCAUCGCUUCCUCAUCCAUGAGACCAUUGAAGAGAAACUCCAUACCUACCUCAGUACACAUACAAUCAGAGAUGGACUCAACUCGGUGGAGACCGAUACUGGAGACAUGACCUUCUCCGACCUCAAGGGGUUAUUCUCAUCGGAAACUUAAUCCGGAGCUAAUCCAGAAAGGCUCCAUGAUCUGCAGAUAUUAUGCAAGAAUCAGCAUGUAUUCAUGAAGGUUUUUCAUACAUGUCAAGUGAAUCAGCAUGUAGAUGGUUUUAACUCUGGAAGCUCUACACUUGAUGUAAAUGACCAUCAUAAAAAGUUGUUAUAGGAAAAGUGAGAGCGCAGGAAAGUGAGAGUACAGAAACAGAACAGGUGUUAGAUUGCAUGUUCUCAAAGGAGUUUGAUUAGAGAUUCAAAAUGAAAAAUGGUAUGCAUAGGCUGAAUAGACCUUUAAGAUACAUAAUAUUUUGUAUUAAUAUUCCAAGUAAUGUUUUUAUUUUCAUAUACUUUCAUUUGUUAGACAACUCAACC